AUGUUCAAGUCUUCCUCAAGGUGUCGGGAAGCCUUGAAAGAGGAGAGUGGAGACUUGGACAAGGCAAUCGAAUGGUUGAAAAAGCGUGGCGUGCGAUCCAUGGAGAAGCGUGCUGCUGAAUCUAUGGAAGCACUGCUUUCGUUGGGCCUUGACACGAAUGGGGUGAUCGUGGAAUUACGGGCCGAGACGGACUUCGUUACCCGGAAUGAGCUGUUUCAACAGACUCUUAGACACGUGGCAGGGAUGCUUGUACAAGAGCCUGAGACAGCUGAUGCUGGCGUUGAGGCAGCUCUGUCCAUGAGAGUAGCGGAUGGACCGGAGAGACCUGCGCCGCUUCGAGAGGGGGCACUGCUUUCUGAAGCCCUUCUGGAGCUUGGAAGUGUUCUUGGAGAGAAGCUUAUCCUUGCGAAUGUGCAGUUCCUGAAAGCCCCUCCACAAGGAGUCGUUGCAGGCUAUGCCCACCCGAAAUCAGCAGACAGUCUGCCGGGCACCGGUCGAAUGGCGAGCUUGGUAUCUUUGAGUAGCGACAAGUGUGAUGCAGCUUCCUUGCAUACGAUAGCUUCACGACUGGCACGGCAUGUCGUGGCUGCACAGCCACGAUUCCUCAACAUCAGCAGUGUGCCAGCAGAGACAUUGCGCAAAGAGCGCGAGGUGUUCAAAGCUGCCUACUUCGAACAGCUGGGCCCAAGGAAAGCUGGUGUUAUUGACGAGAAGGUGAUCCAAAAGGUUAUCGAUGGUAAAACGGCCAAAUUCUAUCAAGAGUCGGUGUUGGCAUGUCAAGAGCUUGUAGCACCGCAGGCUGCUCGGGCCGUUUCCGGUGACACGGACCAGAAAGCCCUACCGGUGUCGGAAUGGCUCGAGGCUGAGGCCCACUCGCUAUCUGCUUCGAUCCGACUCGAGGACUUCAAGCUGGCGGUGCUGUAA